AUGACGACUCCAUUUCCUCUUCUCCGUCUUCCGUACCCUGUGCUUAUGCUGGCCCUGGAACAAAUGCCGUUUAUAGAAAGAUUCUCGUUGUCCAUUCUCUCCAAACAAGUCAGAAUUUUCUUGAAACUUCUCAAAAUGAAGUGUAAGCAAAUCAAUUUAAAACACGAAUAUGGCGCUAUCAGGAUGGAAGUGUUAUUUGAUAACCUGGUGGAAAAAUUCAGACUAGAAAUGUUUACGAGUGGCUAUGUAGAAUUCAAAUACCGAGAGGAUGCAUUGUUAUGUAACACUUCGGGAGUACCUCCAAUGAACUAUGCAAUUUCAAUUAUGGAUGUCAUGCAUUGCAAGUCGAUUCAUCAGUUUAGAAUCGUUGAAAUACCUGAACGAAAUAUUCUUCCUCUUCUUGUAAACCUCCCUAAAAUUUAUGAAGUCGUAGUUGAUGAAACUUACAACAGCUCUUCUCCAGACUCACUGCUUCAAAAAAUGUUGAACAUCGUUUUGCCAGUAUCUUCUGCAGUAACUAUUUCUGCUUUCGUCGUAAAACCCAAAUACCUCCGAGAAAUUCUCAAAGGAAAUUUAGACUCAGUGACUGUUGGAAAUCAUAGAGUUGGAAACACGGCAAAUUACGGUUUAAGGUUUUCACUUAACGCUUUGAGAAUCACAAACGCUAAGGCGCUUGAUCUUUAUAACGUUAUUCUUAACAGUAAAGACAUGAAUCGCUUUUUCAAACUGUGGAUGAAGAAAAAAUGUGAUCCUCGACUAGAAUACUUGAGAGCAAGAAAAUACCGAGAUGGCAAUGAAGAUCGCCUUUUGAAAGGACUCAACGCUGUUGGAAUGCCAAUUAGAACAGAUAGAACUUUCCGGGUUUUGGGUAACGUAGAACAGCUGCGUUCGGAUGAGGAGACUACCACCGAAUUUGAUAUAACAAGGGUCGACGGGAGACAAGCAACAAUCAGAUUUGGAGAAUCCGAUGAAUAUAACUUUAUUGAUUUCUACGUUUGGCCAGAAUCUCCUAAUGAUACAACAGAUUUUGAGCCUGAUCAGUCUUCAUUAACGGAACACAUCCACAGAAUAGUCUCCAGACACGGUCUCCUAGAACGAUUUUAG